AGCAAAAUCUGCCAGGUGAAGCAAAUCCAGUACCCCUUUUUUGGGAGUGUUUUAAGGUUCAUUUUCACAGGGGAAAAGAAGAAGAAGAAGAAGAAAAGUUUUCUGAUGGGGCGUUGGAUGAGGCCAGAGGUGUACCCCCUAUUGGGUGCCAUGACCUUUGUAACAAGCAUGUGCAUCUUUCAGCUUACAAGGAAUGUUUUCCUAAAUCCUGCUGUCAGAAUCAACAAAGCUGACCGUAGCAAGGCAGUGCUAGAAAACUACGAGGAAGGAGAAACAUAUGCUGAACAUGGACUUCGCAAGUUCCUCCGAACCCGCCCGCCCGAAGUCAUGCCUGCCAUCAACCAUUUCUUCUCUGAAGAUAAAUGACCUAUUCAAGCUAAAACCAUCUCAAGCUUAUUGCAGAAAUUUGUUUAUGGAAAAAUGAAAUGACAGUCUUCAGUUUUCCUUUCUUUUUGGGGUUUGGUUUACACAGCAUUUAGAAUCAUACAAUUAAAGAUUUUCUUUAUCGUUAUAUAAAUAAA